AUGCCUCCCCCACCGCUACGAAGCGGCGCCUCCACGCGCAAAGGUCCGAACUGGCCCUCCCACCUUCGCCAAUUCAGCAGAACCAGUCUCGAACCGCCCUCCGCCGCGUCCUCCGUCGAGUCGCCCCGCUCCCCGGAUACCGUCUCCAGCGCCUCCACGAUCCGCGGCGACAACUCGAGCACCUCCGUCAAGCAGCGCAGGCUCGAGAGGCGCUGCGUCGUGGGCGUCAACGAGGGGUACUCCCGCGACGAGGUCCUCCUCAGCCCCGAGCUCGUCAAGGGCGAUGUGCGACCCGGUAGCCUGGUCGCCAUCACCGUCCUGAAGACGGAGGAUAAUAAGACGGCGACGAAGGAUCAUGCGAGGACGGGGACCGUCGCCGCCGCCGCGCAGGGUGACGGCGCGCAGGCGCCCGACGGCGCGGCGCUGGGCAAGAGGUACUUCUUCGUCGCCAAGGAGAUGUCCAAGGAGCUCAAGAACCGGCUGCCGAACGUGGACAUCUACGUCGUCAAGCACAUCGCCGACGCCUUCGGCAUGAAAAAGGGCACGCAGGUCCUCCUGACGCCCGUCGACGCGGACAGCCCCGCGACGGCGGCCUCGCACGUGGAGCUGAGCUUCAAGGACCAGUACCUCUCGCGGUCCGACAUGUGGCGGCUCGCCAUCGGGGAGCUGACGGAGCGCACCGUCUACAAGGGCCAGUCGAUCCUCUUCAUGGGCACCAUCAAGGCGCAGGUCACGGCCGUCUUCGUCGACGGGCGCAAGACCCACUCGGCCUUCUUCACGAGGGACACGCGGCCCAUCUUUAGGAGCGAGUCGGCCCGCUACGUCCUCUUCAUCCAGAUGGCGCGCGAGAUGUGGGACUUCGACUCCGAGGGCAGCGGCGAGAUCCUCUUCAACAAGGUCGUCAACGGCUUCCUCCCCGCCCUGUUCAAGAAGUGGGCCAAGCUCAAGGCGAAGCACCUCGUCAGCAUCGUGCUCUUCGCGCGCGUCGAGUACGACACGGGGCUGAGCACCGAGCUGGCGGGGACGGUGCACGGGGACUACUACACCGGCACGCAGAUCUCGGGGGAGAAGAGGCCGUACAAGGACUUUUACCGGGUCGUCGUCAGCGAGAUGGCGAGCGGGGAGUGGACGACGAUCUUGUAUCAGUUGAAGAGGGAGUUCAACUUCUUCAGGCGAGACAUCAGUUUACAUCACCAGAAGGCGGGGAGCGCGUUCGUGCCGCUGGCGGAGGAGGGAAGGGGGGUCGCGAGUAAUAGGGUCAAGGCGGAGUCGAGCUUGGCCAUGUACGGGAACUUUCUCGAGGCGAUCAACCUCGCGAGCAGCCAGUUCUCGCACGACUACGUCGACCGGGAUCUGAUGCGGACGGGCAUUUCGAUCGUGGUGAUCAGUCCAGGGCCGGGCGUCUUCGAAGUCGAGUACGAGAGUCUGCGGAGGACGACGGAGGCGCUCGUGGGGAACGGUAUCGGCAUCGAUCUGAUCUGCGUGCCGAAGAUGCCGCUGCACUCCGUGCCGCUCUUUCGCUACCGCAACCCGCAGACCUCGGGUGAUUCGCACGGCCUGUCGAGGACGAGGAGCGUGAGGAGCAGGGAGAGCACGCCGAAGCAGCAGGCCACGCCCAUUAUUGGAAGCUACCAGUCCCUUUCGGAGAGCCUGUCGCCUACCAAGGGCCUCGAGCUUGCGCACCGGAUGGAGAGGAUCGCGAACCCGCAGGACGAGUGGUCGUAUGCGCUCCCUCAGUGGCUCCACGUCUCGUACUGGACCGGGACGAGCGAGGAGGCCUUGUCGUACCAGGGGAUCGCGUUGAGUGUGUCCAAGGAGGAGGAGGAGGAGAGGAAUGCGAGCGAGGAGUUUGCGAUCCGUGCGAGGAUGUACGAUUUACAGAUGAGGAGCGUGCUCGAGACGAACGAGAUCGAGACCACGCCGCUGCAGGCUGACCCGCUGUUCCCGGUGACGGCCACCGAGACCAAGAGCUCGCACAAGUUGAGGGCCGGGGGAACGGACGAGGUCGCCGUCAUUCCGCCCAAACGGCACCCGGACGGCCUGUAUGACCACGUCUACGGGUUUCAGAAGUUCGUGCCGGAUCGGCUGGUGAGGCCUGGCGAGAAGAGCCUGUGGAAGCAGCUGCAGGAGUUUGACGAGACGAGGGCGAAGCUGCCCAAGUCGAGACGGCCCAUACCGAGUAGGGCUUCCCGAGAUCUGGAGGAGACGACGAGGAGGCAGUUGAUGGAGGACGCGGGGCUUUUCGGGACGAGUCUUCCUGAGAAGAAGAUCGUGCUGAACCAGAGCCUGGCCACCGUUGCUGCGGGGCGGAAGCUGUCGGUCAACAUCGGUGACAGCGAGAAGGCGGAGAUCGUGGCUGCGGCGAGGAAAGCUGCGCAGCCGGCCUCGACGGCCGCUUCCACGUCGAAUUCUGCGACGCCGGACUCGAGCAGUGCCGCGGGCAAGGUGUCGUCCAUGAGCUCCCCUUCGAAGCCGCCCAAGUUCAUGCGGCAAAUUAGUCUUGGGAUCCGCGGGUUCGGCGUCGCGGCGCCCAAGGUCGUAGCGGCUGAGGCCAGCUUCGAGACGGUGGGCGCCCUGACGGAGCAGAGUGUCACGAGCCCCACGACGCCGCUGGUCAUGUCGACGAUGCCGCGGCCGUCGUCGCCGCAGGUCAUCAAGCCGGCGAUGUCGUCGCUCUCGCCGGGGUUGUUUCGGUCGGACUCGAGGGAUACGCUCAAGGAUCUGCCCAGCACGCCCAGCAUACCCAUCAACCCGAGGUCGUCGCGGCGGGGCGAGAGCUCGGGGGCGCGAGAGCAUCGCCACGGGUCUGUGCUGCCGUCUUCGUUGGCGAGGAAGGAUCUCUUCCGGGAAGAUCGCGACCAGAGACACUCGAACGUCUUCAGGGCGGAGGACGACAACCAGAAGAUGUUCAACAGCAAGCUGAGGGCCGGCGCUAUGCCGGAGCUCCCGUCCACGCUGUCCCCGACGACGGCCAUCUCGCCGUGGUUGACGGUGCUGAACCCGUCGAACCCGGACCGGCACAAGGUGGACGACACGGUGCUGUACAGCCGCUGGCAGCACGUGUUCCCGCGGACGUCGGAGAUGAAGGUGAUGAAGUGGAAGGCGCUGUGCUGCCCGGCCGCGGUGCCGCUCACGACGGAGUACUUCCCGAGCAAGACGCAGUUCGACACCGAGUACCAGCGGCAGCCGUACGUGAUCGCGCAGAACGCCGACGACGAGCUGAGCGAGGAGUCCAAGUCGCGCGAGGAGUUCCUGCGGGAGCUGAUCAGCCUGCGCUUCUCGCAGGGGUUCCAGGUCGUCAUCGGGCCGUCGGUGGCCAGGGCCUUCGGGCAGAGGCUGAUCCGCAUCGCGGACAUCUUCUCGCGGGGCCACGCGAUGGAGGACGGCACGAGCAUCUUCAUGAGCGUCGGCAACGUCAUACACCAGCUCUCCUGCGUCAACGGGACCGAGGUCGAGGUCAACAUCUACAUCCGGAAACCGGCCGAGUCGACGGUCGGCGUCGGCAGCAACGCCAGCUCGGGCCCGCUGUACCGGCCCGCGAUCCGCACGCUGAUGGACGCGGGGUACCAGACGCAGGAGGUGGACAUCUCGACGCCGAAGCCCGAGAGGAACUGGAACUACAUUGACUCGUACCUCGCGGGACACCACGACGAGAUGACGGAGAACCUGCGGUUCUGGCGCGCCCGGUUCGUGCUCAUCCCGAUGGUGUCGCGGUCGUCGGCCGUGCCGAGAAACCAGGCCGGCGACAACGCGGAGGAGGUGCGGCUGGAGGGGAUCAGGAGGCUGUCGCUGUCGUGGCAGAAGCACCGGUACCUCCCACCCCUGGAGAGGAGGUACCAGACCGUCAACGCGCGGCGCGAUCCCAACCCGCUGGACAUCGUGUACAAGACGGAGGACCCCUCGGUGGUGAUCGCGGCGGAGCUCGACAACCUGCCGCUGGUGGAGGGCAUGGAGGGGAACCGCAAGGGACAGCUGAUUUCCUCGCGCGAGCGGUUCCGCAAGUCGAACCUGAACAUUGGCGCGCUGGCGGAGGCGAUCCAGCAGCCCGUCGAGAACGGCGGCGUCAAGCUGCAGAACCGACGGUGGCAUCUGCGGUUGCAUUAUAACUGUUUUAUCGGGUCCGACAUGACGACGUGGCUCAUGGAUAACUUUGAGGACCUCGACAGCCGCGAGGAGGCGGAGCAGCUGGGCAAGAUGCUCAUGGUGGAAUCGUACGAACGGUCUGACGACAGGAAGGACCGCGGCGGGCUCUUUGAGCACGUCGAGCGGCGACACCCGUUCAGGGAUGGACAGUACUUCUAUUCGAUCGCGAACGAAUACGCAAAGCCCCAACCGGGAUGGUUCAACUCGAGAAGAAAAGACCUGUCGGUCCCGUCGACGCCCAUGUCGGAGACGAUGCCGCGAGACUCCCCACGCCCUGGCAUGAUCUCGCGCCCCACGUCCAUCAACGAGGGCAACUCGCCCAACUCGGGCUCCACCACGCCGACGGCCUCCCUCGUGUUCAACAAGAAGAUGCCCAAGGUGGUCCUCAGCAAGGUGAUCAAGUACGACGUCGACCACCGCAAGCGCUCGUACCGCCCGGAGCGCAUCGACCUGCACUACGACAGGCUGCACAACCCGGACAACUGCUACCACAUCCGCAUCGACUGGAUGAACGUGACGGCCAAGCUGAUCGAGGACGUGGUCGAGGGCUGGGCGCGCGAGGCGGCGACCCACGGCCUCCGCCUCGUCGAGGUGCCGAUCAAGGAGGCCUGCUCCAUCACCGAGGUCAACCCGUUCCGCCGGCCGUACGUGAUCCGGCUCGCGGCGCCGCCGCCGCACCAGCAGCCCGUGACGUACUACGAGCCCAACUCGUUCGCGCCGCAGACGGCGCCCGGGAAGCACUUUUACCAAAAGGUCAUCAUGCGCAAGUUCGAUUUUGUCUUGGACAUGGAGGCCGCGAGCAACUUUCCCCGGGACGUCGAGGUGAGUUAUAGUUGGGGACGGCCCGAGUUCAAGUACUCGCAGUACAUCCACCGCUCCGGGGUUCUGCUGGCGGAGAUCACGGACGACGGGCACUUUCUGGUGCUCGCGAACCGGCUGUUCAGCAACCGCGCGUCGGCGGCGCGGGACAAGGAGCUGAAGGACAUGAGGGAGGCGAGCGGGGCGGGCGGGGGCAACAACGUGGUGGAGAGGGGCGGGCGGAUCAUCCCGGUGGGGAGCUACACGCCGUUCGGGAUCCCGCCGGAGGCGACGCCGAUGAACUCGCCGAUGGUCAAGCCCGUGUUCUACGCGGGCGGCUCGCCGGCGUUGAGAGGGGCCGACGGGACGGGAAAGAACGUGGGGCGGGAGUCGGCCACGGCGCCGGCGGCCGACCCGGUGCCGAUCCUGGAGGAGCUGGAGAGGUUCUGCGGGGACGCGGCGGGGCUGGAGGUGUUUUACCGGGAGACGCUGGAGAGGGGUCCGCCGCAGGCGAUGACGACGCCCGGGGCGAUGAGGCCGACGACGUUGGAGGCGGUGCCGGAGGCGAGCAUCCCGAGCCUGAACAUGCCGGCGGGGGUGUUGGGGGAUGUGAUGGGCGGCGGGGGCGGCGGCGGGCCGGUCAUGGAGAGGGGGGUGGGCGGGAGCCCGAGUCCAGGGCCGAGGAUGGGGAUGAUGAGUAGUCCGGCGGACGGGAUGAGGUUUUUGAGGAGGGCGAGCGUGCAGGACGGGCUUGGGCUUGGAGGGGGGCCGAGGGGAAGGGAGAGGGAGAGGGAGAGGGAGAGGGAGUGA